AUGGCAACAGGAACCGCAAGAUAUCUGAGAUAUAUUCUCUUCACCUUCUUCUUGCUCACGGUCAUUUACUUCAUAUCCUCCUCCUCAGAUCAACGAUUACCGAGCACGAAUGAUCUCUUGAGCAAUGGAAAGGAAUACAGUAAUGCGCCUACGAAAGCCGGUCCCGGAAGUGCAGACGCAGACGCAGGUGCUGCUGCUCCUUCUGCGACUGGAUUCACGCCCAAUGUACCGGGAGGGUUCCCAGACGCAACCGCAGACGGACCGCGGAUGAAUGCCACAUUUGUCACUUUGGCACGAAAUUCGGACAUUUGGGAGAUCGCACGAUCCAUCCGUCAGGUCGAAGACAGGUUUAAUAGGAAGUUCCACUACGACUGGGUCUUCCUGAAUGACAAGCCCUUCGACGCCACAUUCAAGAAAGUCACAGCGUCCCUUUGCUCAGGCAAAACCCACUAUGGAGAGAUCCCAAGGGAGCAUUGGUCAUUCCCCGAACACAUUGACCAGGACAGGGCUCGCAAGGUUCGAGAGGAUAUGGCGGAGAGGAAGAUCAUCUAUGGAGAUUCUAUCAGUUACCGUCACAUGUGCAGGUUCGAGUCUGGCUUCUUCUUUCGUCAGCCCCUGAUGAACAACUACGAAUGGUACUGGAGAGUCGAGCCAAGCAUUGAGCUGUACUGCGACAUCAAUUAUGAUGUCUUCAAGUUCAUGGCCGACAACAAGAAGAAGUACAGUUUCGUACUCAGCCUUUACGAAUACGUAGAGACCAUCCCUACCCUCUGGGAAAGUACCAAGAAGUAUAUAAAGGCACACCCCGAACACAUUGCAGAAGGAAACUCCAUGGGAUUCCUGAGUGAUGACGGUGGAGAUUCCUACAAUAACUGCCACAUGUGGUCCAACUUUGAAGUUGGAAACCUCGACUGGCUCCGGUCCAAGGCAUACAUUGACUACUUCGAGACUCUUGACCAAGACGGAGGAUUUUUCUACGAACGAUGGGGUGAUGCCCCGGUCCAUUCAAUUGCCGCCGGUCUGAUGUUGAAAAAAGAAGAAAUUCAUUUCUUCAAUGACAUUGCAUACUAUCACGUACCUUUCACUCACUGUCCUACUGGGGAGAAGACGAGACUGGAGCUGAAAUGCCACUGCAAUCCAAAGGAAAACUUUGACUGGAAAGGAUACUCCUGCACGUCUCGAUUCUUUGACAUAAACGGUUUGGAGAAGCCAGAGGGGUAUGAGAACCAGCAAGAUUAA